AUGGCAAACUUGCACAUGAAAUUUUCUCUAAUAAUAUGGUUGAUGGGAGUUUCCCUCUUAGUAUCGCUCAAUGAUGGUGGAUUGAGCACAGCAAGCCCUAAUGGAAACCAUGAAAAUUCUCUGCAAACCAAUGAUGAUGUUCAUCAUGUUGCCAGAAAAGUUUCAAAUGAUCCAAAUCUGUUGUCGCAUUACAAUAAGCAAACUGAAAUGUUAUAUCAUAUUCAAAGAGAAAGUCCAGCUGGUCCAGAUCCACGUCAUCAUGGCGGGUUUAUACAAUCCAAAAAUGUUGAUCAGAAAAUUUUAAAUGAUCCAAAUUCUGUAUCGCAUUACUAUAAGCAAACUGAAAGCUUAUAUCAUAUUCAAAGAGAAAGUCCAGCUGGUCCAGAUCCACGCCACCACCACCCAAAAGUGUUGAUUGAAAUAUCUAAAACUUCAAAAUGA